GGCCUUUAGGGUACCGAGUACGUACGUCAACAUUAUUCCCUGGAACUGACAAGAGUGCUCUAGCAUAGGUAUUUCAACGCAGGGGAGUGCGUUGAAAAGUAUCUAGAAAGGUUGGUAUAAAAGCUAAACGAAUUUGUUAAGUUUUCAGUGCGAUUGGUAUUCGUUUCCACUACGAGUGAGACUUCAGUGAUGAAAGCCCGAGCUUGCAGCUUUCUUAUUUUUUUCAUUACUACAUAUGAAAUCACGCAGUGCAGCAGUGAAAGGCAUAAUGGAACGUUCGUUGUGGAAGCUACGUUACCACCUGUCAAAAAUACUACGACUGCCCUAAGCAUAACAGGAAUGGAGCAAAACAUCAGUGCAAGCAAUAAUGAAUCGUUCCCACAGGAAGCUACCACACAGGCUGCGAACUGUACCACGACAGCACUCACCAAAGCAGAAACAGUGAAAAAUGGUAGCGCAAGCAAUUAUGGGACGAUCCCAGAGGACGCUACCACACCGGCUGCGAACGCUACCACGACAGCACUGAGCUCAACAGGAACGGUGGAAAACAGCAGCGCAAGCAAUAAUGAAACGUUCCCAGAGCAAGCUACCACACAGGCUGCGAAUGCUACCGCGACGGCACUCAGCACAACAGAUGCAACAAGCCGAAAUUCUUCAAUCUGCCAGCUCCCGCCUGAUAGUGGACGCUGCAGAGCUAUCUUUAAAAAAUGGUACUACGACAUAAACACUGGUAAUUGCUCUGUCUUUGUAUACGGCGGUUGUGCGGGCAACGGCAACAACUUUGACUCCUGUCUGGAUUGUAUGAACCGAUGCAGCGAGACAACAACGGAGCUCCGCUGUGGUGGUCGCCUGGGACUGGACAACAUGUCGGACGAAAUAGGACUCGAAUUGGCGUGGCCCACAUCAACGCCUACAACCACGACGGUUGUCCUGGCUUAG